AUGCGACUCUUGGCCAACGCCUUGUUUUUGGUGGCUCUCGCCUUUUGCGAUCCCACUGUAGAUGUGAAUAUUGUGACUGGAACUAUAAAUGCAACAAUUCGCGGAUAUCAACAUGUUGAUGGAACAUCUUUCCGUGGUAUUCGAUAUGCUGCACCACCAGUUGGCGAUUUCCGAUUCCAAGAAGCUAGAAGACAUGACCCAACUGGUUUAGUGUCAGCUCUCGGAUAUGGAAGCAGUUGUGUUCAAGGAAGUGCUGGAUCAGAAGAUUGUUUAUUCAUCAACAUCUGGGCGCCAACAGUAAGUUUUUGGGCACAUUUCAAGAUUAAAAAACAAAACAAAUUUUCAGAACGCGACAAGAUCUUCAAAACUGCCAGUGUAUCUUUAUAUCCACGGUGGUGGUUUCACUGGUGGUUCGGGAAAUAUUGGUGACGGUGUUUUGCCAAAUCUCGUUGAGAAGGGAAACAUUAUUGUUGCAUCUAUCAAUUAUCGUCUUGGACCAUUUGGAUUCUUCACAACUCGCGAAUCAACUGCUCCAGGAAAUUGGGCGAUCUCAGAUUGGAUUGAAGGAUUAAACUGGAUUCAAAGAUACAUCGAAUUCUUCGGCGGUGAUGCAACUCGUGUUACAAUUGGUGGACAAAGUUCCGGAGCUGAAGCUGUCUCAAUUUUAUCACUCACUGAUCAAGCUAAUGGACUCUACAAUCAAAUAAUUAUGGAAUCUGGUAGUGCAUUUGGAGCAGCAAUUAUGUCAUACUCCGAGAAAACUAGAGAUACUAGCAAACAACUUUCCAUCAAGCUCAAUUGUGCAACAAACGAUCAUUGGGAGAGUGGACAACAAUUUCAGGUUUUUUUCAGUUUUUCUUGAAGUUUUACAGCAGACAUUCCAGGUUAUUGUUCAAUGUGUUCGCGGUGCUUCUGCUAGUCAAAUCAACACUGCUGAUCAUUCCUUGCAAAGUCAUCGUAUGAAAUGGGCAAUUGUUCAAGAUAAGAAAUAUCUCACAGAUCGUCUUGAAUAUUUAGCAAUGAAGAGAAGCACAAGUAUUAAUGUUUUGUUGGGUGAUGUAAAUCAGGAAGAUCUUGGUAGUGAAUUAAACAAUAUUGAACAUAACUUGAAUAAUUCACGUAACACUGCUCCACGAUUGCAAAAUGAUUUGCAAGAUUGUUAUGAAAAUACUUAUUGGGAUAAUAAAGGUGAGCUUUAAACUGUAAUCAAUUUUCUGAUUGUGAAUUCAAAAAAAUUACAGAAGCGGUCAAAUCUGCCGCUGUCAACAAAUAUAUCACAAAUCAAAAUUGGUCUACCGAUGAUUAUGCUGAUUGGGAAGCGAGAAGAAUUCAAAUCUGGUCUGAAAUGAUUUUCAUCGGGCCUGUUCUUCGAGAUGGUGGAUAUUUCCAAUACCGUGGAAAUAAUGUGUAUCUUUAUUCUCUUGAUUGGCUCAGUCCAAAUGGUAAUAAAAGGUAAUCUUGUUUUUAUUCCUAUAGAUAUGUGUUUCAGCUCUUCCGGAGAUCACAAAUCCCAUGUUCAGAGGUUGUAUGCAUACUUGGGAAUUGCAAUAUAUUUACAGCACAGGGUGUAAAGGUUUCACUUGUACUGCAGAAGACAAUUUGCUUCGUGAUUAUUUCACAACCACUUGGAUCAAUUUCAUCAAAUAUGGAAAUCCUACUCCAGCUGGAAGUAGCUUGCCAUUCAAAUGGUUGACAAUGGGAACACAAAAUCGUUAUUUGAAGUUCCAACCAAAUCCAACAAUGUUCAAUGAUUAUCAUCCGGAUUCAAAAUUCUGGGCGUGCACUGCUCCAACCAUUGAUGGCUACAAACCACCUUUCUGUUAG